UCCAGGGUCGCUCGCUGGGCUCGGCUGGACAUGAUCUUGCUGCGUUCGCCGCGCGCUCAGCCCUGCUAGCCGCUCGCCGCAGCCGCCGCCGCCGCCUGGGAGCCCAGCUCGGCCUGCGCCCGCGCGCACCGCCGCAGUCAUGGGGCUGCAGCCCCUGGAGUUUAGCGACUGCUACCUCGACAGCCCGUGGUUCCGGGAGAGGAUCCGCGCGCACGAAGCGGAGCUCGAGAGGACUAACAAGUUCAUCAAAGAGCUCAUCAAAGACGGCAAGAACCUCAUAGCUGCCACCAAAAGUCUGUCAGCUGCCCAGAGGAAGUUUGCUCACUCGCUCAGAGACUUCAAGUUCGAGUUUAUCGGUGAUGCUGAGACCGAUGACGAACGGUGCAUAGAUGCCUCCUUACGGGAAUUUUCUAACUUUCUGAAGAAUCUGGAAGAACAGAGAGAAAUCAUGGCAUUAAGUGUGACUGAAACCCUGAUUAAACCCUUGGAGAAAUUCAGAAAAGAGCAGCUUGGAGCUGUAAAGGAAGAAAAAAAGAAGUUUGACAAAGAGACGGAAAAGAAUUACAGUCUAAUCGAUAAGCACUUGACGCUGUCAGCCAGGAAGAAGGACUCACACCUGCAGGAGGCCGAUCUCCAAGUGGAGCAGAACCGGCAGCAUUUCUACGAACUCUCACUUGAAUAUGUGUGCAAGCUCCAGGAAAUCCAAGAAAGGAAGAAGUUCGAGUUUGUGGAGCCUAUGCUGUCCUUCUUUCAGGGAAUGUUCACUUUCUAUCAUCAAGGCCAUGAGCUUUCCAAAGACUUCAAUCACUACAAGAUGGAACUACAAAUCAACAUUCAGAAUACACGGAAUCGAUUCGAGGGAACCAGAUCAGAAGUGGAGGAACUUAUGAAUAAAAUUAGACAAAAUCCCAAGGACCAGAAGCGAGCCAGCCAGUUCACAGCAGAAGGCUACCUGUACGUCCAGGAAAAAAGGCCUGCUCCAUUUGGGUCCAGUUGGGUCAAACACUACUGCAUGUACCGGAAAACAGCCAAGAAAUUCAACAUGAUUCCAUUUGAGCACAGAUCUGGGGGGAAACUGGGGGAUGGAGAGGCCUUCUUUUUGAAAGAAUGCACCAAAAGGCACAUUGACUCCAUUGACAGAAGGUUUUGCUUCGACAUCGAAGCCGCCGACAGGCCUGGUGUCCCCUUGACCGUGCAGGCGUUUUCAGAAGAGGAGAGGAAGCAGUGGUUGGAAGCUCUGGGUGGAAAAGAAGCUCUGUUCCACGCAUUUAACAGAGCUGUAGUCCCAAGACCGGAAGGAGGUGCACAGCUGGAUAAGAUGGGAUUCACAAUUCUCAGAAAAUGCAUCAGCGCUGUUGAAACCCGAGGUAUAAAUGACCAAGGACUCUACAGAGUUGUGGGGGUGAGUUCAAAGGUCCAGAGGCUUCUGACUAUGUUGAUGGAUGUAAAAAUGUGCAAUGAGCUGGACCUGGAGAAUUCUGCAGAUUGGGAAGUGAAGACAGUAACAAGUGCCUUGAAGCAGUAUCUGAGGAGUCUUCCAGAGCCUCUCAUGACCUAUGAGUUACACAGAGACUUCAUUGUUCCAGCCAAAAGCGGCAGUCCGGAGUCCCGUGUUAAUGCCAUCCAUGUCUUGGUACACAAACUGCCAGAGAAGAACAAGGAGAUGUUGGAUAUCUUGGUGAAGCAUCUUACCAACGUGUCAAGUCACUCGAAGCAGAAUCUAAUGACGGUGGCGAAUUUAGGGGUGGUGUUUGGACCAACUCUGAUGAGACCACAGGAAGAGACUGUUGCUGCCAUCAUGGAUUUGAAGUUUCAGAAUAUCGUUGUAGAAAUCUUAAUUGAAAAUCAUGAAAAGAUUUUUCGGACCUCGCCUGAUACUGCGUUUGCUGAGCCUACAUGCCUGUCAGCUUCACCCCCAAACGCUCCACCACGACAGUCUAAGAGACAAGGGCAGAGGACGAAGAGACCAGUGGCCGUGUACAACCUUUGUCUUGAACUGGAGGAGGGUGACAGUCCCAGCCCCCUGAAGGAGGAUCCCCCCAGCGGCAGUCAGGACUCGCUGUCCACCCCGUCUCCCACAACAUCAGCUGCCCAUGGGCCUCCUGGACUAGACAGAAACCACCUAGCAGCAGACGGAGGGAGCUGUGGAGAUGCCACCGCCACCACGCCAAGCCAGACCCGGCCAUCCAUGGUGCAGUGGCUAAAUAUGCAGUCCCCAAGCACACCAAGCUCCAACCCAGCUGCAACACCUCCUUCACCCAGGAUGUCACCGUUCUGCCCUUCUCCUGCUGCCUCCAUUGUAGACAAGCUGCCUGAGUGCGUUAUCAAUCGAAAGGCUCGAGCUGUGUACCUGUGUGAGGCAGAACACAGCUCGGAAUUGUCAUUUGAAAUAGGAGCCAUUUUUGAGGAUGUUCAGACCUCAAGGGAACCCGUGAAGCAGCUGCCCUAA